GCUUCUCGCUGAAGAUGGAGGAAGUAAAAACAGGAUUACCCUUAGCUACAGAUCCACUGCCUUAGUUUCCACUACCAACUGCAGUGCACAAACACACGUUAGGCACAGGAAAGAAAGAAAGAGAGAGGACACACUAACAGUAAACACAAACAAAAGGGUGAUGGGAUUAUUUUACUGCAUGCACUGCUGAGCCCGACAUUGUCACCUCCUCUUUGAGGAGUUAGAAGAAGCUGAGAUCUCCCGACAGAGCUGGAAAUGGUGAUGAAUCUUUUUUAAUCAAAGGACAAUUUCUUUUCACUGCACUUUGACUAUGGAAACAGAGGCUAUUGAUGGCUACAUAACGUGUGACAAUGAGUUUUCACCUGAAAGGGAGCACUCCAAUAUGGCAAUUGACCUCACCUCAAGCACACCCAAUGGACAGCAUGCCUCACCAAGUCACAUGACAAGCACAAAUUCAGUAAAGUUAGAAAUGCAGAGUGAUGAAGAGUGUGACAGGAAACCCCUGAGCCGUGAAGAUGAGAUCAGGGGCCAUGAUGAGGGUAGCAGCCUAGAAGAGCCCCUAAUUGAGAGCAGCGAGGUGACUGACAACAGGAAAGUCCAGGAGCUUCCAGGCGAGGGAGGAAUCCGGCUUCCGAAUGGUAAACUGAAAUGUGACGUCUGUGGCAUGGUUUGCAUUGGGCCCAAUGUGCUUAUGGUACAUAAAAGGAGUCACACUGGUGAACGUCCCUUCCACUGUAACCAGUGUGGAGCUUCUUUUACUCAGAAGGGCAACCUGCUGAGGCACAUAAAAUUACACUCUGGAGAGAAGCCGUUCAAAUGUCCUUUCUGCAGCUAUGCCUGUAGGAGAAGGGAUGCUCUCACGGGACACCUCAGGACCCACUCUGUUGGUAAACCUCACAAGUGCAACUACUGUGGACGAAGCUACAAGCAGCGCAGUUCACUGGAGGAGCACAAGGAACGCUGCCACAACUAUCUCCAGAACGUCAGCAUGGAGGCUGCUGGCCAGGUCAUGAGUCACCAUGUACCUCCUAUGGAAGAUUGUAAGGAACAAGAGCCUAUUAUGGACAACAAUAUUUCUCUGGUGCCUUUUGAGAGACCUGCUGUCAUAGAGAAGCUCACAGGGAAUAUGGGAAAACGUAAAAGCUCCACUCCACAAAAGUUUGUGGGGGAAAAGCUCAUGCGAUUCAGCUACCCAGAUAUUCACUUUGAUAUGAACUUAACAUAUGAGAAGGAGGCUGAGCUGAUGCAGUCUCAUAUGAUGGACCAAGCCAUCAACAAUGCAAUCACCUACCUUGGAGCUGAGGCCCUCCACCCUCUGAUGCAGCACCCACCAAGCACAAUCGCUGAGGUGGCCCCAGUUAUAAGCUCAGCUUAUUCUCAGGUCUAUCAUCCAAAUAGGAUAGAAAGGCCCAUUAGCAGGGAAACCUCUGAUAGUCAUGAAAACAACAUGGAUGGCCCUAUCUCUCUCAUCAGACCAAAGAGUCGACCCCAGGAAAGAGAGGCCUCUCCCAGCAAUAGCUGCCUGGAUUCUACUGACUCAGAAAGCAGCCAUGAUGACCGCCAGUCCUACCAAGGAAAUCCUGCCUUAAAUCCCAAGAGGAAACAAAGCCCAGCUUACAUGAAGGAGGAUGUGAAAGCUUUGGAUACCGCCAAGGCUCCUAAGAGCUCUCUGAAGGACAUCUAUAAGGUCUUCAAUGGAGAAGGAGAACAGAUUAGGGCCUUCAAGUGUGAGCACUGCCGAGUCCUUUUCCUAGACCAUGUCAUGUACACCAUUCACAUGGGUUGCCAUGGCUACCGGGACCCACUGGAAUGCAACAUCUGUGGCUAUAGAAGCCAGGACCGUUACGAGUUUUCAUCACACAUUGUUCGAGGGGAGCACACAUUCCACUAGGCCUUUUCAUUCCAAAGGGGACCCCUAUGAAGUAAGGAACUGCACAUGAAGAAAUACUGCACUUACAAUCCCAUCUUCCCCUCGGAUGUUGACAUACAUUUUAUUUUUUUUAAUAUUAUUAUUGUCAAUAAUUCUUAUUUUGUGGAUGCAGUGUCAUUUGCUCUGCCUAAUUACAAUAAGGAAGAAACAAGAGAGAAGGACAAGGGGUAUUGUUUCUUGAUAACUUGGCUUGUUUAUUUUGUGGAAGUUUAAGAGCAGUUCACUCCUGCCAUGCAUAGAUAUAAGGCAUAUCAUGUUUUGGAAAAAUCACUUGAUUCAUAUAGAUUCACCUAAGAGAUUCUAAUUUGCCACUGAUAUUCAGGAUUAUGAUCAAAGACAGGAAAGUUUAGAGCUUUCUGGGUAGGACUUUUUGCAGUUUAAAAAUGAUGUAAUUAAUUUUACUCUUCAAAGAAUUUGUUUCAAAAUGUAAACUUCUUUUUUUUUUCUUUUGUUCUCUAGAGCUCAUGGAACACAAAUCAAACACAUUGUUAUUUGUUAUUUUCAAUGAUAACUCCCAGGAUGAGUUGUGGGUUCUAUGUUUACUUCCCCUAUGGAAUUUAUAAUACAGUAUGUUAUACACUGUACCAUAGAGCAAAAUUCUUAAACUACAGGUAGUUAAGGGCCACCUACAAAACAUCUGAGGUCCUAUGAUCUUAUUUUUCUAAACUUAAGCACUGUUUUCCAUAGUUUUGAUGACUGGCAUUUUAUAGAUACCCUGGCAGCCUUACUUUUAACACCUUUAAUGAAUAGUAUUUUUAUCUACUUUUCAGAAUAACAUAUGGUCUAAGAGUGGCUAAGAGGCACAGUCAGUAGUAUUCAGGAGAGACUUCUACUUUUCAUGUAUUUGUUUGGGAAGUUUGUUUUCAUUUUUUUAAGCUAUAAUGUGAUGGCAGCAUAUAGUAUACAUAUUUGUUUCUAAAAAUACGCUUAUGAUUGUCACCUUAUCAACAAUUAAUCAGUGUUAAACAGUAGAAAAAUAUUAUUAGGGUAACAGUAGGGGGGGAAAUUACUUAAUAAUCUCCUUUCUGGUAUUUCUCUUUUCACUGGUUUUUUCAAGCUGUGACUACCCAGUAUUCUGUCCAUAGUCCAUUCAUCUUCUACUCUUUGAGUAGAAGGUCUUAAAAAUCUUGCUAUAGGCUGUUGCUAUCAAAACUCCUCAGAGCAAUUGCUAAGUUGACCUGAAUAUGGUAACUUGAAGCCUGUAAGGUUUUUGAACUAGGGCUAUUUAUUUUAGUGUUUCUUCAGUGAUAAUAUAAUGAAACAUCUUUGUAAGCUGUACAUUGGAGUACAGAUAAAAGACAAAAGCAACAACAAAACAAAGUUUACUUUUACCCUUCUUGGAGUCAUUCUAGUGACUGAACCCCCAGGCAAAAGUGUCUGUGUCCUGCACAUUUCUGUAUUUCAAACACGUGCUCCUAUACAUAAGUCCUUCUCAGAAGUGAAUCUCAAUCCUUUAGUACCGAAUUUCCCUCCUUGUAAUCCAUACAUGGCAUAUGUUGCCAUAUUUCAUGUGCAGAUUUUAAUUUCACUUACGUAGGUGCUCUGAUUUCUUUAUACUCCAGUGGCAUUGGAGGGGAGGAACUGAGUGGCACUGAUUGAAGUCAUUUGAGGGACACGCUUGGAAGGCAGAACUCACUGCUUGUGUUUAGUGUGUUUAGUGUGUCUCUGACCAGAUUAUCUGAUAACCAUUUGGGUAUACUGAAAUUCUGUUAAGCUGUAACUGGUAAUUGCUCUGAAAUACCAUUAAAUAGGAUGCUAUUAGGUUUCUUAAUAAAGUGUGAUGUGAGAAUUAUCAAGACUAGAGAACUGUAGACAGAUAAGCAAAUCUGGCCCCAAUAAUGUUCUUAAUCCAUUUCCUAUCUGCUUAUUUAAGCACUGAUAUAGCAAAAAUGAUUACAACUCAGCUCUCUUCUACUAGUCCUGGUCGUAACUGUUUUUGGAUAGAUGACCAAACGAUUCCUUUAAAUCUAAGAGACUGCACCAAAACAGAGACGUGAAAUGUAUUAAAUAGAAUGUCAACUGUUAGUUUUUUCCUGCAUGCUUUGGUACAUUGUGAACAUACGAUUUUUUCAUAGGUAAAGCAUGUCUUUGAGAAUCCCUUACCUCCACUCUCCAUCACCACUCCCAAAUAAGAUUGGAAUUCCUUUUUUUUUUUUCUUCUUUUGGAGGAAGGCAAAUAAUUUUAAGGUCAAGUGACUUUGUGUUUUACUGGAAUUUCAGGAAAAGUUUGGAUUACAGUCAAUAUGCUUGUGUGUGAAUUUCUGCUGGCGUCAUCUAUGAAUAUUCUCUCUGCUUACGUUUUUUUUUUUCUCAGUAUAUGAAAAAUCACUUCUCUACCUGCCCUGGGAUGAAGCUGAAUUUGGGUAGACCUGAAGGGUUGUGUAGUACCCUUAUGAAAACAGUACUGAUGCACUUGCUCUACUUUUCUAAUUUCAUCUUUUUUGAGAAUCUGUUUUGUUGAAGAGAGUUAAUAUUUGUGAGAGUGUAUUUGCUACAGGUAUAUACUUGUAUUUUGUUAGCUUCAGGCUAUGAGGAACAGAAAAAGGUAGAGAUGGCUCAGGGUGUGGCAGAGACAAAUGAGGACAAGGUCAAUUCAGAUUUGUAGGAUAGAAAGAAUUCUUGUGGACAUAGUGCUUUCUGAGAAACUCUGGUUGACUAUAUUUGCAUGCUUUUUCUUCACAAAAGGAAGUAUACAAGGUGGCUAUACCUAAAAGUAGACAUGAGGGUAAGACACCAAAUAAAUCAACUUCUACAUAGCAGUUGUAAACCCAGUUUAUUUAGGUGAGAUUUUACAUUAUAGAAUGUAUUUAAGCGGCAGGAAAAUGGGUUAUCCUCUAUUUUUUCCAGUUAGACAAAAUUUCAGAAGUGCUUCUCUUUGUUUUGCCCUAAUUUUGCCAGAAUUUUAUCUCCGGCUCUCUAGAAGUCAUGAAUCACUUUUAAAAAGUUAUUCUGAAGGGACAUUUUAAAACAAUAAAAGUUUCCAGUAGGCAGAUUAGAAGAGAUUUCAGGUUGUUAAAAAGAGGGAUAAAAUGGAAGAAUGAGAGACUGGGAUUUAGACUUGGCUACAAAAUAGGAAAUAUCUCUUCCACCUACAUACAUGCAAUUUUUAUGUGUGAGUGAGUCACAGUGUGUGUGAUGUGUCUGUGUGUGUACACACACACAAAUAUACACAUUCUUUUAAAGAAAACUCAUGAAAAGAAGCAAUUAGAGUGAUCACAUAUGUGCAGGAGCAUAUAGAAAGUAAAAAUUACAGUGAAUACCUGAGCAAUUUAGUGAUUUUCUUUACCAGAUUAUAUUAAGAAAUGCUAAAGUUGUUAAGUGUGUCCUUAGGACUAGUAGCAACUACUAAACUUAAACCUUGGGUCUUCAGUAUCUACUUUCAGAGCAAAACAAAACAAACAAGAAGAGACAAGAAAAUUUCUCAACAUUUACUUGUUGGCAAAAAGAGAAAGACAAAAAUAUUUUGAUAGGUUUUUGAUAGUUUUUUAAUUUAUAGUUUUUGUCUUUCCUUUGUACAUCUCGCAGAACCAUGCUGUUUAUGAUAUUUUAUAAAUGUUAGACAAAAUUUACAUCACAAAGGCAUUUAAAUGGAAAUAUUUUACUUAUUUUCCAAAUCUUAUUUAAUCCUAUCUCCAAAAUGAUCCCUUAGGGCAGAAAAAAAGCAGAAAAAGCUGGAAAAAUACAAAACAAAAAACUGUAUGCCCUUAGUUUCAAGACAGAACUUAGAUUGUAAGAGACACUGGCUACAUUUAUUUUUAAACUUUGAAUUGUUCAUUUUGCAAAAAAGGAAAUGUUGUAUUUGGGAUCAUCUUUAUUAGAUUUUAUGUAUUAUUUUAGCAAGUACUAGUUGUUUGAAGAUUAUUCUAAAGCAGGAAAUUCCCCACAUCCCCCCCCCCAAAAAAGUGAAAUUGAGGUUUGUAUAUAAGAAAAUUAUCUUAAGAAAUGUUUUUUAAUCCUCUAGUUUCUGCAAAAUAAUUAAAAUAUACAGUAACUGGGCUCUACAAGAUCCUGAAUUUAAUGUAUUAAAUAAUUCUGAAAUUUCUUUAUAUUGGUGCCUUUUUAAAAUGCAUUCAGAGAGUGUUGGUUAGCUAUUUUAGCCAUACAACACUUUUAUUAUGUAUUUUUAAAAAUAAUUUAAAAUUGAGUACUAUAUAAUUCAUCAUUUUUGUUCUUAGGGCAAAACUGUUAGAAGAGUUUCCAGUAUAGAGACUUUCAGCUCAGCUGUUUAAAGUAAAAAGAAAUUUAAAACCAGUUUUUAAUAUCUUUUUUAAUUUGAUAGUAUUUCUGAAUACCAUUAGAAGCUUAUACAGUUAAAAUUUGAAGUAGAAUGAAAUUUUAGCUGUGAAUUGCAUUAUGGUAUGUAUUUUUAUUUUGUUUUGUUUUUAAGGAAGAAUAAGUUCUGUGUCAUAUAAGAAUUUAUUAGUAGAAUUUUUAGAUCAAUAAAAUACAGUAUUGUUUUGCAAUUUCAUCCAAGACUAGUGUUGUUCUAGUCUUAGAACAUCUAUCUUCUAACCUGUUAAUGUUUUAUGGAAUAAUGUAAAAAAAAAAAAAAAGGAAAAAAAAAACAAACCAGGUGAUUAAUCCUCCUUGAACAAAACAAAACUGAACAGUCAUACCACGUUGCUAUUCUCCAAAGCAUAAUCUCAAAUGGCUUCAUACCAUGAUUGUGUAUUACUUGCGAUGGAUGUGUAAGGAUAUGACAGCUUUUAAAAAAAUGAGCUGCUGGUUAUACAAAGCAAAUGUCAUAUGACCAAGAAGCUGUGAUAUGCUAGUGUUUCUUUUUAUCAUAGUGUAUUGCUAGGCCAAAUAACGGCACCUUGAAUAUUUUUACACUUAUUGCAGAAACCUAAAAUUUUGGAAUUUCCAUAAGGUUUUUAUGUAACUUUCUAUCUCUAGCUUUUUAGUUCCAUCUUGCUGUACUGUAAGUUUGUGGAUAUUUUUCCCACACACUCUUAGAGAUAAGUUCAUAAUUCUGUUUAUUGGGUUUUUUUCUCCCAUAAUGUUGCAUUUGUAUAUUUUCUGUAUAAAUUUGUGAAUUAACCUUUAUCCCAUACAGAAAGUGGUAAAUGAAUGACCAGUUUUCUAAGAUGUCCUUUUUAUUGUGAAUACAAUAUACAACUUAGAGGCCCUCUGAUAAGCAACAAAAAGUACAGCGUAUAACUUCAUAUAGGUACAAAUAAGCCAGUUUGCAGUGGAUCGGGCCCUUCAAAUUACCUCAAGUGACACACAGUAAAAAAAAACUUCUUGAACAGGUGGAGGUCACUGAAUCCCUUACUAUGCACUUAUCAGGAUUUGACUUAAUUUAAUUUACUGGAAAUGGAAUUUUUUAAAAAAUGAAUAUAUUGUAACAAGGGAAGGAUCUGGGUUUUGUUUUUUGUUGUUUUAUUUUAUUUUUUUAAGUAGCUCAAAUUGUGAAACUGUGAUAAAAAGAUUUGACUGUCAAGCACUCUGAGAUUAUGAACAUAAAUCACUUUCCUUUCUGUGUAACAAAGAUCUUUGUUAUCUUAAAUGUUGUAAACCCUCCUUGUUUCUUUUCCUCCUCUCUGUCCAUCUCCCUUUCAUCACUGUUUCUGAAUGUCUCUGCCUCUCUUUUCCCCCUCUACAAGUUUGAAGAUUAGGUCAACUCUUAUUUCCUAUUCAUAAGUCUUAAGUCGUAAUUUUUCAGUUGUGUUUUUGUUAACUGUAUAGUCUGCUGCCAUAUUUUUUUACUCCAAUUUUAUGUUAAAGAAGGAAAAUAAUUGGAUUAAAAAUAGUAGGUAUAGAACCUUUAUGUUACUUUCCCUUUCAAAAUUUCGAUACCUAAAAUAUGACUCCAGAGAUUAUGUAAUCAUAAUAUCUUAUGUUUGCCUUCCUUUCUGUUGGAUUUUGCAUUCUGAUUUAGUUUUCCUCCUACACUGUAUAUCAUGAGAGAUUAGACAAUUUUUUCAAAUAUUUAGAAAGAUUUAAAAUAUAAAGCAGAAAGUCUUAACUUUCUCUCAGUUGGGAGAAAAGUGCUUUAACAUUAUUAUAAUUAUAUUCCAGGUUUGGAGGGAGCUUUCCGGGUCCUGUAUUUGCUCUUAACAGUUGGACCUUUUAGACCAUGUGUUAUUUGCAAACCCAAUGUUUGCGUCUGCUAUUUAGUUAAAAAAUAUAUUUUUCUUUUCUUUCUGUACAAGUGCAAUACUUCUCUUGAAGUCUUAAAAACUAUGGUAUUUUUUUUUCUUUUGUAACCUAUUCUUUCCUUAGUUAAUGACAAAGAGAAGCCCUUAAAAAUCAUGACAUUUUAAACGACACAACUAGCAAAGAGAUAAAUACGUUUCAAUCAAAAGGUUAGAGGGUAUAGAAACCAGAGGUCUAAUCUCGUGGUGUCUUUAUUUAGGCUAAAUUUCCAUUUAAAUUAGCAAUCUUUUGCCUGACAAAUGUACACUAAAGUUGAAAUUUUUUAGAUGAAUUUUCUCCUUUGACCCUUACCCAGUGCUCUAAAUUAAGAACUUAAGUUUUUUAUUUUCAUUUCUCUUCUUUUGGAAAUGAACUUUAAAAUAAAAGCAAAGCACUUAGCUCAAUUUCAAACACUUAUAUUAUCACCUAUCAGAGAAAAUUUUUUAAAAUAUUUGGAGCUAGUCCUGUUUUCAUACAAAUUUAAGUAAGAAGUAUUUUUCGUAUCAUACUUAUUUAUAUGUAAUGUGCUGGUUUUCUUUUUUUAUACCUGUGUCCCUGUAGUAAAACUGCUGUAAUGUAAAUACAUGUUUUGUUAAAAAAUAACAUUUCCUUGGCAUUUCUCUUAAAGGCAGUUACUGCAUUUGUACAGUAGCUAUGUGUCUUGACUGUUUUAGAUUUAUUUUUUCUUUAACAAUACCAAAGGUAAUUAGACUAUUUUAAAGACUAAUUGCUUGACAGUUUCUAGGAUAUUUUGAGUUUUAGAAGCAAAAAAAUAAUAAUAAUAGGUCAAACCAGUAAACCUCAUUUUUUUCCAACUAAUAAUUUGGGGAAAUAAAAACUAUUGUUUAAAAAAGAAAUAUAUAUAAAUAUAUACAUAAAAUUUAAGUUCCAAACCUUGUAUGUCAGAUUUCCUCAGUGUAAUGUAGUUUUUUAAAGUCUCAAAUACCAUACCUCAGAAAAUGAGGUUUACUAUGGAAAUACUGAAAGAGUUUUUUCAGCUGUGUGACAAGUCACCCUGCUAUAUACCAAUUUGGAGACCUCCGCUAAAAAGUUUUAUCACUGCAGACUAAAAUGUGGGACUUGUGUUUUCCUUGUUUUUAAUGCACACACGUACAUGUUAUGUGUAUGUAUGUGGGUACUGUGUAUAUGUGUAUGAGAGUUGUAUAUGCAUGUGUGAGUGUGCAUCUGUAUGUGUGUACAACUAAAGAAGCUGCAGAAACUUUGUAAUACUUUGUGAAAAGGAUUAUAUUAUAAAGGUUUGUACUGUCUGAGUGCACAGCUACUGGAAUAAAUUUAGGGAAUCUCAGGAACAAGCAUAUAAUUUGUCCAAGAUUUAUUUCUUCUCAGACGUGUAAGUGCAGUUUUUAAUUCUGUAUAUUAUUUAAUAUUUUACCAAUAAAAAUAAACUUCUGACAUAAAAA